CUACCAACACUCCAACAUCAAGGAUGGCCCACAGAUUAUUAGUCAACGUCAUAUUCACCGGAGCAUCAGUGUUUGGCCGUGCUUUCACCGAGGCAUACAGACAAGCUGCCAAAGUCAGUGCUCUGAGCGCACAAACAGGAGGAGCCACCAAGGCCAGUUCAGUGGGGGGUAUCACCACCGAUGAAGCAUUAAAAAUCUUAGAUCUCGAAAAGAAGGAGUUGAGUUUAGAUAAAAUCGAUGAAAAAUAUAAAUAUCUAUUCGAUGUGAAUUCAAAAGAAAAGGGUAACUCGUUUUAUCUACAGUCAAAAGUAUAUUAUGCAAUGGAUAGUUUAAGAAAAGAACUAGAGUAUAUCCAAAAAGUUUCUGAUGCCAAAAAACUGCAACCUGCUCAAGAUUCAAAAGAAUAGAUCAAUCAAGCCUUAAUCUCCCAACUAUUUUCUAUUCUACUACUCUUAUCCCAACUUUUUUGAACUUCUGUAUAUAGUCAAUC